GCGCGUCAUGGUAACAAGGUUGAGCAUGUUUUGUCCAGUUGGGCCAAUAUCAGAUGGGUAAUGCCGACAUCGAGCCAGGCGCUCAUACUUAAGAAAAGCGUACUGACCGAGGAUGAAGUGCGACCGACGUCGUCGGGCCAUCGGCCGGGAUCUCAGUGCUCUGUGCCGACAGAUUGCGCGUCCCGUACCUCGGUCCACUGCAGCAUCGUGACCGUCUUCAAUUUAGGGCAGGUGCUGGUGGGCGUGGGAAGGGACAUGCCGGACCGGGACGCUGUGCAGGCCCUUGGCGCGAGUCUGCGCAACUUUUCAAACAUCAAACUGUACCAAGGGGUUACACCAGCAUCCUCGCAUUCGAUCCAGACUCGAAAUCCUAUUUGUGACGCGGCAACGCCGAAUGAUCUAGCUUGCCCGGACGCCAAUGUCAUUCGCAGUGACAAAAUCUACCAGAUCGCCUCAAGUCUGCACAUGCGCAAUGAUACACCACCCAGUUGUCCGAACGCCGCAGUUUUAAGUUUCUGGAACAACGAAAACGUGUCCCACUCGGAGAUCGGGUCCCCAGUGCGCGUUCCGUACCCCGGCCCGCUUCAGCAUCGUGACCGUCUACAACUUGGGGCAGGAGCUGGUUGGCGGGGGGAGGGACAUGCCGGACCGGGACGCUGUGCAGGCCCAUGGGCGCUUGACUGUGCAGCUCUUCAAACAUCACCCGCUUCUGAGUGGUUACACCAGCAUCCUCGCAUUCGACCCGGACUCGAAAUCCUAUCAGUGGCGUGCGCUGGGCGGAACUGGUUCCUCCCCGGAAGUUGAUUAAGUUGACAAUCGGCCCACUUCCAGUCGUUGUCGGCCCUUCACCGCCAGACCAUCUCUGCGAAG